AUGGCAGAAAGUGUUGUGGGCUUUCUGAUUAACCAGCUCACAACCUUACUUUCCCAAGAGGCAACACUUUUGGGGGAGCUUCAACCAGAUGUUCUGUUCAUCAAAGACGAAUUGGGGAGCAUGAAGGCUUUCCUCAGGAAAGCUGAAGCAAAGGAAGACAAUGAUUCUCAACUCCAAGAAUGGGUAAAGCAGGUUCGAGAAGUUGCUUAUGAUACAGAGGAUGUUCUCGAUGAUUUUGCCUUUCGAUUUGCUCGUGGUCAAACAGAUGGAUUCUGUGGCUAUGUAGGAAAGAUCUAUAGCUCCAUAAAGAAUCUGAAAGUCCGCCAUCAUAUUUCUUUGCAAAUAAAAGAUAUCAAGGCCAGAGUUGAACAGAUUUCUGCAAGGCAUCAAAGGUACCAGUCCCUCAAUGGUACUCAAGAAAGAGGCUCCAGCUCUUCCCACAUGGCAAAUGCAGAUUUUCAUAUUCGUGAUCAAGCACUCCUAAUUGAAGAAGCUCAACUUGUUGGCAUAAACAAGCCAAAAGAGGAGCUUACUGCCAAAAUCCUUGAUGACCAUUCCCACUUGAAAAUAGUUUCAGUGGUGGGAAUGGGGGGACUCGGCAAGACCACUCUAGUGAAAAAAGUCUAUGAUGAUUCUGCGGUGAAGAAACAAUUUCAGAGCCAUGCUUGGAUAACUGUUUCUCAGAAAUUUCAAUUCAAUGUCAUCAUCAAGAACCUAAUUCAACAACUAUAUGAUGAAAUCCGACAGCCAGUCCCUUCUCAAGUGGAAUCCAUGGAUGGUAUUAGACUGAGUGAAUUUGUCAAAGACUUCCUCAAAGAAAGAAGGUACAUCCUUGUCCUUGAUGAUGUGUGGAGUCUAGAUGCUUGGGAAACUAUCAAAUACAUAUUGCCUGACUACCAUGUCGCUAGUCGUGUUGUAUUAACAACACGAAUAGCCGACGUAGCUUCUGGGUCUUGUUUAGCAUCCCAUGACUUUGUCCAUAAGAUGAAGCCUCUUUCUGAUGAAGAGUCUUGGACUCUUUUUUGCAAUAGAACAUUUCAGAGUAAUGGUUGUCCUCCAAGUCUAGAAGAAGUUUCUAGAAAUAUAUUAAAAAAGUGUGAGGGCCUACCACUUGCUAUUGUGGCAAUAGGUGGUGUUUUGGCUUUGAAAGACAAGGAGAGGAUGGAUGAAUGGGAGAUGAUUCUUCAUGGCUUUGGUAGCGAGGUAGAUGGUAGCGGUAAGCUUGAUAGAAUUAAAAGGAUACUCUUACUUAGCUACAAUGAUUUGCCUCACCAUCUUAAAGGCUGCUUGUUAUAUCUAAGCAUCUAUCCUGAAGAUUCCCAAAUUCAGGUCAAUAAUAUACUUGAAAAAUGGAUAGCUCUAGGAUUUGUAGAAGAGAAAGAAGGAAUGGCAACCACUGACAUUGCUAUGAGAUAUCUAAAAGAACUCAUCAACAGAAGCUUAAUCCAAAUUAAAGACACAUGGGAUGAUGGCCAAUUGAAGGCAUGUGGCCUUCAUGAUUUCCUGCAUGAAAUCAUUAUUUCAAAAUCUAAAGAGCAGAGCUUCACAACCACAGCCACUGGAUAUUACACAAGUUGGCCCGUCAAAGUUCGACACCUAGCAAUCCAUAACUUCACUAAUAAGCCACAAGAUUUUAGCAGUUUAAAGUGUCUUCGGUCUGUGGAAAUAUUCAGGUAUGAAGAUCCUCUCACAACUUCAUUUUUAUCCAAGUUUUUAUGUGGCGGUCCCAAGUUCCUAAAGGUGUUAGGUUUAGAGGGAGCUGAAUUGGACAACAUCCCAAAGGAAGUUUUCAAACUAUUUCACCUCAAGAAUCUAAAUCUCAGCUGCACCAAAGUAAAAAUCAUCCCAAAAUCUAUUGGGCAGCUUCAAAACCUGCAAGUUUUACUUCUGGGUGAUACCAAUAUAAUAGAGCUACCUGUGGAAAUUCUAAAGCUAAGAAAACUCCGUGUCCUUAUAGUAAGCAGAGCAGGUGAUUAUUCAAAUAACUUUACAAUCUGGGGCUUUAAAUCUCCAAAUAGAAUUGGAAAGCUUAUUUCCUUGGAGAAUCUUGGAAGUAUUGAAGCAGACAGUGAUGAAAUAGUAAGGGAGAUUGGGAAGCUCAUUCGAUUGCAGAAAUUAACCAUCACAAAGCUAAGAAGAGAAGAUGGAAAGGAGUUGCUCUCCUCCCUCUUAAGGCUGACCAACCUUCAAGAGCUGUACAUCCAGUCUAUUAAAGAAGAGGAGACCCUUGAUCUCCAACAUUCCGUCGCUCCAAGAUUUGGAUUCCUUACAGUUUUGCAUUUGAGAGGCCAUUUAGAGAGAGUACCAGAAUGGGUAAUAUCACUUCAAUCCUUGAGAGAGUUACGUUUGCAUAAUAGUGGGUUGAGAGAAGAUGAAAAUAUAAUAGGCUCUCUUGGACAUUUGCUCAAUCUGGUGUGUCUUGUGCUCCAUCGUGCUUACGAAGGGGAGACAUUGUGCUUCGAGAUUGGAGGAUUUCAAAAACUCCGGAGAUUAGAGCUUCGGCAAUUAAGAAGACUGAAAUGGGUGAGGGUGGAAGAGGGAUCAAUGCCUAGUCUACAAGUGUUUACUUUUGCCGGUUGCAAACUCAUGGAGGGACUGCCUUUGGGCCUCCAAAACUUGACAGGGCUUGAAGGUCUUGGGUUGUAUGAUAUGUCUAAUGAACUAAUCCACAAAAUACAGAAUUUGGAUAAACAAAGUGAAGAUUAUCAGACAAUUUCUCAUAUCCCUGAAGUUUGUAUUGGGCACUGGAUUGAUGGUCGAUGGGAAAGAGAAUUCCUCUAA